CAUUUUUAAUACCACCUCUAGUGCAGAGGGAGCAGACGUUAGGGAUACAGUUUGACGGGAACAGAUAAGUGUUUUUUGGCUUCUUAUAGUCUGAGCUGGCUUUACUUGAGCUUCAGAGCUUUCAAAUCUUCGUAUGGAUUGUUGUCUAUUGGUGAUGUCUCAAAAAAAAGCAACUUUUUAGAACGUUUUUUUGGUAUCUAAAUUAGUUUGCACUGAAGGGUAGAGCUGGCUACGAUUUUUGAAAAAGUAUUUUUGUCUGUUUUACGGACGCUGUUUGUCCUAUUUUUGUCCCAAGUUGGUGUCUUAACGUGAUUUUUACAUCACCGGGGGCCAUGAGUUCCUUGGUAAUGAACACAGUAGGAGAUGGCAAUGGUGCAAGUAUUGACCUCAUCCAAAACAGGAUUGAGUCCCUCAGCAGCAAGAUGGACAAGCUCAUCAACAUUCAAGAAAAGGUCCUCAACCGAUUAGAUGGGAUGUCUCAAGACAUUGACGGUAUUGAAAUGGAUAUGGAGAACCUGAAGGUUGACAAGGAGGAGAUCCAUAUUCCACCCAAGAUGGUGAGCCAGACCCAGGUUAUGGGGCGGGAGGUGAGGGAGAUAUGCCAAGAGAUGAGCACCAUAAUGUUGGUGGUGAACCAGCGGUCCGAGCAGCAGGCUCAGAAGCUCGAAGGGAUGGAGAAGCUGGUCCUCAGCAUGCAGCAGGUGAUCAGCUUCAUCGGAGAGACGGUGAAGAGUUCUAGGGUCAUGGAGCUGAUUUUUAAAGGUUCUGCUGCUCGGAAGGGAGGCAAAUCCAAAGAAAGCAAAGGCAAGCAAGCCAUUAAGGGGAAAUCAUCUACGGACACAAUACACAAGAAGCUUGACAAGAAACCUACCUCUAAUAAAGCGAGUAAAGGGAAUCAAGACAUAACUCCUGCAUGUGAGCGCAGUUCUCCACAAACUUCCCACAAGAUAAAGCUCCAUGGACCAAAGCCGUACCUCACCUCUCGCAAAUGUGGAAAAUGUUUAAAGGACCACAAAGGUAGAGAUGGGAUAGACAAGCCCCCAAUGAGCCCAGAGGGUCUGAAAGCUGAAAAGAAGAUGAAGCCUCCGGACACAGCAGGUGCGGAGACCAACUUCUAUUCUCGAGAAAUGAAAAGUAUCUCCUUGAAGAAGCAGAUACUGCUUUUCGAAGAGGUGCAGAAACUCAACAGGGAGAAUGCAGAGAAAUCAGGUCACCAGCUCACCGGUGGAAAUCUGGAUCUGGAGGCUGCAUCGUCCCCAGAAGAUCAACAACCCGACGCCCCCGAUCGCAAUUUGGUGGACGGCCUGCAAAAAGAUCCGCAGGCGGCCGUGGACGACGAACAUAAAGUCGUUGAGGCGGUUGCUGAGGACGGGUUUGGGGAAAAGGUGAACGAGGCAGAGGGAACGGAGAAGGAACCAAAGCUCCACGUGGAGGAGGUGGAGGAAGAAAAGAAGGAAGAUGCUCCUUCUGAAGAAGUAACUGAAGCCCCACAGUUGCCUGCUACAAGCAGUGACGACUGCAAAGAUGCACUUUCAUCUCCAGAAGUCGAGCAGGUCCAGAUAUCGGAGGUCUGCACACUGAGCAGCAGCUUCAGCGUGACCGAGGAACUCUUCGUCGUGGAGGAACACACAAAGAGCCUUGUGGUGGUGGAGGCGGAGGAGGAGGCGGAGGCGGAGGCGGAGGAGAAGACGAAGGUGGACAACGAGGCGGACGAGCAGAAGCUGGAGUCUGAGGGCUGGGCCGUCUUCAGGGCAGAUGGGAUUCAAUUCCAGUUGAACCUGAAACAAAGGGUGGAGAGAGAGAGAAAAGAGAAGGAUGCAGAGGAGGAGGAAGGUGGGGAGGUAGAGCGGUACUUUAUUGACACCUCUUCUCCUCCAGCGGCUCCUUUUAACCACCGCAUAGUUUCUGCCAAACCCAACCAGAUCGUCAACUUCUACACCAUCAACUGGCAGGAGGUCCUCGGCGGGGGGCGUUUUGGCCAGGUGCACAAAUGUGUUGAAAACUCCUCCGGUCUGACUUUGGCGGCAAAGGUCAUCAAAGCCAGGAGUAUGAAAGAAAAGGAGGUGGUGAAGAAUGAGAUCCAGGUCAUGAAUAACCUGGACCAUGCCAGCCUGAUCCAGCUCUAUGCAGCUUAUGAGUCAAGGAAUGACAUCAUCCUUGUACUUGAAUACGUCGGUGGAGGGGAGCUGUUUGACAGGAUCAUUGAUGAAAACUACACUUUGAUGGAGCUGGACGCUGUUCUUUUCAUCAGACAGAUCUGCGAAGGCCUGCAGCACAUGCACAAAAUGUACAUCCUGCACUUGGAUUUAAAGCCAGAAAACAUUCUGUGUGUGAGCAGAGUCACAAAUAAGAUCAAAAUCAUCGACUUUGGUCUUGCUAGGAUAUACAAACCGCGAGAGAAGCUACGAGUGAACUUUGGCACUCCGGAGUUUCUCGCUCCCGAAGUCAUCAACUACGACUUUGUGUCGUUCAACACAGACAUGUGGAGCCUCGGCGUCAUCACCUACAUGCUUCUGAGCGGCCUGUGUCCCUUCCUCGGCGACGAUGACAACGAGACGCUAAACAACAUCUUGGCCUGCAAGUGGAACUUUGAGGAGCAGGAGUUUACGGACACGUCUGAAGAAGCCAAGGACUUCAUCUCCAGACUCCUCAUUGUGAAUAAAAGUUGGAGGAUAGGGGCAUCUGAGGCCUUGAGGCAUCCUUGGCUGUGUAGCCCAGUCCUCCAUCAUCGUCUUCAUACAAAGAAAACGAUGUGCAGAUCACGGCGUUCAUCGUGUGUGGCGACUACUGACAGUUGAGGGCUACAAAGAUGUGACGGCUUCAGCCGUGGCCACUCGGACCAACCUUCCCGUCCACGCAAAUUACCUUCAUCUUCAGGAAUCAGGAAUCAAGAAUCAGGAAUCAGUCCAUGCACCUGUGAAAUGGGCUAAAAUUCAGGAUACCCCACAAACCCUUUUCCUGAUCCACUGUCGUUGUGUUUUAUGUCAGUGAUACACAAAAACAACAGGCAGUCAAAAGCACUUUUAAUUUAAUCUAGUUUAAUUGGGAUUAAAUGAGACUUUAAUGAGUAAUGAACAUUUAAAAGUAAGUAAAAAAUAACAUCAAAAUGUGAUUACACAUUUUUUAUUCUCAUUAAUGGCAAGUCUCCUACUUCGGUUGUUUGUGUUUGUUAUUUGUUACCUCAUACGCAGUAUUUUGAAUCAUUUAGUAUUAUCAUGUAACAGUUUGAUCAUGUGUCGCACCUUUGCCUUUAAAAGUUGAGGUCUACAUUUUACCAUCGGCUUCAUUUUGAAAUAUCCACUUAUAACCAAAUACACUGUGCUGUUAUUGUUCAUUGCUUUUGCUUGAAAGCCACAGCAUGAUUUGUAUCACUUGACUGAAUUAAUAUGUGUUGCAUUUAUCCACCCUGUUAUUAUCUAGUAAGAAAAGUUAUUUUCGGGCUGUAAGUAAAUGCUUAUCUGUGGUUUUAAAAUACUAAAUGUCACAUAUUUUGGAGAAUGGUGGCUGUGUAUUGUAUGUACGGACAGAAUGGGGUUUGUGCGGUGGGUGUCAUGAGCUGUAGCAUGUGCACUUUAUAAUGUUAUUUAUUUAAACAUAGAUCGUAACUGAAGCUACCUUAGUUCCUUAGAAAAGGCUGGUCAGAUCCAGCCACAUUUUCUUCUUGCUUUGUCCAGCUGUUUACGAAGGAAAACUAUUUUAACUUCAAAGCCAACCAAAACAGUUAAGGUCUUAUCAGCCUAGCGCACAAUUGUAGAUCUUAAUUGCAUGUGUCAAUUUUAUCAGCCAUUAUUAAAGCUUGAGCUAGAAACAUGGACUUAUAACUUUUUUUUAAUCUUAUUUUUCACUCUAGUUGCAUAUUCUGAAGAUGCCUUUUCACAAAUCAAAAUGUUCACGCCUUCUGUGAAGGUUCAUUAACGGAAAGUAAUACACUUCUUGCUUAAUGUGGCUUAAGUUGAUGAAAUGUUGUAUGAACUACAUUCACGUGGUUUUAAUUGAAUUUAAAGGUGUGAUGUUACUUUAUUUGAUGUUGAACUAGUUGUGCUAGUGAAAGAGGUCGUCCUCACAGAGUUAACCAUUUUAAAUGCAGCAUGUCUUAGUGAAGUGUGCACACAGCCAUUAAACUGUAAUAAUGCAUCAAA